UUUGAUGCGCGAGAUACAUUAAUUUGAUGCGCGAGAUACACUAAUCUGAUGCGCGAGGUACAUUUUAUACAUGAUACACUAAUCUGAUGCGCAAAAUAUAUUAAUGUGAUAUGCGAGCUACACUAAUCUAAUGCGCGAGAUACAAAUCAUAAUCCGACCUAUUAAAUUUUGGACGGAUCGAACAGGUUCCCAAAAUAGCUAAUUUAGUAGACUAAAUCCACACUGAGCGAGUAUUAUGGGGGAGUAGGAGGACAGUUGCAACCAAAAAAAAAAAUUCCCUUUAGACUAGGUACUCACUUAAAAUUAUGAUGAAAUAAAAAAAAUUAAAAAAUUAAAAUAUUAAAAAUAAAUAAAAUAAAAAGGAUAAAACUUCAUAGUUACUUAAAAACAACUACAGUAAAUACUAAAAAUUCUUUUUUCCUUAUAUAUAUAUAUAUAUAAUUCUAGAGUUAUUUUUUGUGUUUCUUUUUUAAUACAAGGAAACCUAAGUAGUACUCUUUCUAUAUAUGACUUAUAAUUAGUGUAAUUAUAUUCUUAGCAGAAAAGGAUUAAAUUAAUGGCUCUUUUGAAGCUUGGUUCUAAAUCUGAAGCCUUUUGUUGUGAAGGCCAAGCUUGGCGAUGUAAGUCAGGACUUCCAAGUGACAUUACAAUUGAAAUUGGAGAAAUGUCAUUUUAUCUACAUAAGUUCCCUUUGCUAUCAAGAAGUGGACUACUAGAAAAGCUGAUGAAUGAAUCAAGAAAAGACGAUGAUAUAUCGUUAUGUGUUAUUCAGCUUAGUGAGAUACCUGGUGGAGCUAAAGCAUUUGAGUUAGUAGCAAAGUUCUGUUAUGGUGUUAGAUUUGAACUUACUCCUCUAAAUGUAGUUGCACUUCGAUGUGCAUCUGAGUAUUUGCAAAUGACAGAUGAAUAUGGUGAAGAAAACCUCGUAUCACAAACCGAGUCAUUCCUUAAUGAUGUUUUUAGUAAUUGGACAGAUACAAUCAAAGCAUUAGAAACUUGUGAAGAAGUGUUGUCAUAUGCUGAAGAGCUUCACAUUGUGUCGCGAUGCAUAAAUUCAUUAGCGAUGAAAGCUUGUAGUGAUUCUAAGUUGGUUAAUUGGCCUGUGAUGGAGAAUGGUAACGAUAGUGGUGAUGUAUGGAAUGGUAUAAGCACGGGGAGUAAGACACAACCGAUGAUGACUGAUGAUUGGUGGUACGAGGAUGUGUCAUUCCUCAGCUUACCUUUGUAUAAACGUUUGAUUCAGGCUGUUGAAGCUGGAGGAAUGAGGGCUGGGAACAUAUCGGGUGCACUCGUGUUUUAUGCAAAGAAAUAUGUUCCUUUAAUGAAUAGGCAAUCGAGCUUUAAGGACGUUACUCAUGCUAAAUCAGGUUCUACUCCGUCUGAGGCUGAUCAAAGGGCGCUUUUAGAAGAGAUUGUUGAGUUGUUACCAAAACAGAAAGGUGUAACGGAGACUAGAUUUCUCCUCAGGCUGUUACGUACUGCUAUGAUGUUGCAGGCUAGUCCAUCUUGUCGAGUAAAUUUGGAAGGAAGAGUCGGGUUGCAGUUAGAUCAGGCUAUACUUGAUGAUCUGUUGAUACCAAAUAUCGGUUACACAGUUGAGACUUUAUAUGAUAUCGACUGUUUUCAGCGUAUUCUAGAUCAUUUCUUGUUAAUAGAUCAGGCUUCAGCUGCAGUAUCUCCAUGUAUAAUGGAAGAGAAUCAGUUGAUUGAAGGUACUCAGUCUUUGGCUUCAAUAACAAGAGUGGCUAAUCUCGUGGACUCGUAUCUUGCUGAAGUCGCGCCUGAUGUUAAUUUCAAGUUUCCAAAAUUUCAGACUCUUGCUUCUGCUAUCCCUGAAUAUGCCAGGCCUGUCUCCGAUGGUAUCUAUCGUGCAAUCGAUAUAUAUUUGAAGGCACAUCCUUGGCUUACAGACAUUGAAAGAGAGCAAAUCUGCAGGCUAAUGAACUGCCAGAAGCUGUCGUUAGAGGCCAGCACCCACGCUGCUCAAAACGAGAGGCUUCCCCUAAGGGUGAUUGUUCAAGUACUGUUUUUUGAACAGCUACGUCUACGUACAUCAAUCUCAGGAUGGUUCUUUGUGUCGGAAAACCUUGAGAACUCCCAAAAUGUUAGCGGAGCAAUUGGACAACACGGGGACAAUGGUACACGAGGCAGAGGAAGGAGCGUUGAGGACAUGAGGGAACGUGUUUCCGAGCUUGAAAAAGAGUGUAACAACAUGAAGGAAGAGUUCCAAAAGAUGGUGAAAACAAAGAGGAGAUGGAGUAUAUUUUUCAGGAGGAAAUCUCAGUGUAAUUCAAAAUCAGGUAAGCCUAGUGAAGAUGCAACAUCUCAAAAUGUUCCAUCAAAAGUUUAAACACUAAUAAAACUGUUUUUGGAGUUUCUCAAUAUCAAUGAUUUCAAACUUUUUUGUUUUCACA